AAGAUGACUGAUUCGCCGUCUUCCUCCUCCUUUUCCGAUUUUGGGCUGCUGCUGCAUUUGGAGGCGCUAAACAAAGAGGACUUGCGUACAUUCGAGUCACUCUGCAGAGAGAUCCUGGCACCUGCGCCGUGCAGGAUGCCGUGGUCGGAAGUGAAGAAGGCCAGGCGGGAGGAUUCGGCGAACCUGAUGAACAAGUACUACCCCGGAGAGCAGGCCUGGGCGGUGGCUCUCGAAGUCUUUGACAAGAUGGACCUGAAGGAUCUGUGUAGGAGAGCCAAAGCAGAGGCCAACUAAACAGCCCAGACCACAAGACCAGAGGACACCGGGGCCAGAGAGGUACCAGGUGAUCAGAAAGCAGUGCAGGGUGGUGGAACAGAAUACAGAAAUCGGAUAAAGGAUAAAUUUUGCAUCCUAUUGGAGAAGAGCCGUGGGCUUGGAGCCUCUGAAAACGUCUGUCAUGAGAUUGCUCGGGAAGGCCGGGAACUGUUGGAGCACUUGUUGGAUGAGGAUGUCAGGACUGGUGAGCAGCCGCAGACGGUGGUCCUUCAGGGAGCUGCUGGGGUCGGGAAGACGACGUUGGCGCGAAUGCUGAUGUUGGACUGGGCCCGGGGCCGUCUCUACCAGCAGAAAUUCACCUGCGUCUUUUAUCUCGAUGCAAAAGAAGUCAACCAGCUGAGAGAGAGAAGCUUCGCGCAGAUGAUCUCCAAAGCCUGGCCCAGCUCAGAAGGCCCCAUUGAAAGGGUUUUGUCCCAGCCGAGUGGUCUCCUGUUUGUCACUGAUGGUUUCGACGAACUGAACUUUGCCUUUGAGGAGCCCGAGUGUGUGCUGUGCAAAGACUGGACCCAGGUGCACCCCGUGUCCUUCCUCAUGAGUAGUUUGCUGAGAAAAGUGAUGCUCCCCCAGUCGUCCCUGUUGGUGACGAUGAAACUCACAGCUUGUGACAAACUAAAGCUUGUGUUGAAGCGUCAGCAUUCUGUUCGGCUACCGGGUAUGUCCGAGGAUGCAAGAGAGAGGCAUAUCCAUCGGUGUUUUGAAGACGAGCAGUGGGCCUUGCAGGCGUGCCGCUGCCUCCAAAACAACGAGGCGCUUUUCCGCAUGUGCAGAGCCCCCCUCGUGUGCCGGCUCCUCUGUGAAUGUCUGGAGCAGCAGGUGGAAGGGCAUGACGUCACUGUGCUCUGCAGGACGACCCCAGCUCCCUUUGCCUGCUGCGUCUCCAGCCUGUUGACAGGGGCAGGCGGAGGCUCGCCCGCUCUCCCCAGCGAAACCCAGCUGAUGAGCCUGUGCCACCUGGCUGCCAGAGGAGUAUACAUGACGUAUGUGUUUUACAAGGAACAUCUCGGACAGCAUGGCUUAGCGAGAUCGGAUGUCUCAGUCUUCGUGGACAGGCAAGUUCUUCGAAAGGACACAGGGUAUCAGAACUGCUACGUGUUUCUCCACCUGCACAUCCAGGAGUUUUUUGCAGCCAUGUUUUUUAUGUUGCAAGACAGCUGGGGCGCCAGGGACAGCUGCCUUCAGUCUUCGGAAGACUUGGAGCUGCUCCUGGAAAGCAGCAGUUCUGAGCACCCCCGCUUGCUGCAGACGAAAUGCUUUCUGUUUGGCCUCUUGAAUGAAGAGCGCGUGAGACACCUGGAGGCAGCUUUUCACUGUAAAAUGUCUCUGGAGAUGCAAUGGAAGACGCUGCAGUGGCUGGAGAGACUGGCAAACAGCGAACCUUUGCCCUCGCAUCUGGUGCUUCCGGAGUUAUUUUACCGCCUGCACGAGACGCAAGAUGAAGCAUUUGUAAGCCAGGCAAUGAGGUGUUUCCAAAAGGUCGUCAUUAAUAUUCGGAAGGAACUCCAUCUGCUUGUGUCUUCGUUCUGCCUCGAGCACCGCCGCGUUUACGGGCCACUGACCUGUCCGUAGCUGUGGUCCUCGGGAAGAGGUUACCCUGGAG